AAUCGAACGCACCCUAGGUAGGGUCAUAUAAAGACUGGUCCCCGCUUGUAAAUACAAAUGCAUUCCGAAUGAUAGUGGAGAGUCGGAAGCAGCCUAUAUGCAUGAACUGGUUCCCACCCUCAUAAUUUCCGAGCGACCAUGAAGAAGCUGUCCGCGAUUACCGUUGGGCACUUAUACUUCCGUGUCACAUCAGAGCAUGGACGAUCACUGUGCGCCAUUUAAACGAAUCGGGAGUUUAACGUGUCCACGUCACGAAGGCGAGAUGAGCUCUCGAAAAGAACGGCACAUUUUCACAUUCAUUCCGAAUCGCUGUCGGUGCAUCAUUUAAAUUGACAUGGACAUGGAUACCGUGAUGAGGCCAUAUCUAGGCCAAUCGGCCAACCUUCUGACUGGAUACAAGGCUGACAUCUACUCCGUGCCCUUCAACAAGUCUUCCAAACCCGCCCUCAACGACGGCCAAGUCAUCGUUAGGAACCCUGACUACGAUGCCGAGUGGUCCUGGCCAACGAUCUCUCUUCAUGACAAGGCUGAGGACCUGCUGAGUGCCGUCCUCCAAAUCAAGCUCAGACCUCUUGAAGAUGUCUCUGAUGAGAAUGGCAUGGCAGGGGUUUGGCCUGCUGGAGCUCUUAUCCUAGCUGGGCUGUCUAGGCCUACAUCAGCUCGCUCCAGGGCGCUGAAAAAGCUUUCCCAUCAACUUGGAGUCAAUCUCAAACAGCAGGACUGGUCCUAUGCUCUAGUCCGCCGUACACGUAAGAUAGGCACAGCCAUCCAUCCCUGCUACGAAAGAGGGGUGUUUGGUCAUCCAUACCCUGAAACAAUCCUGAAACCAGACACCCUGGCAGCUCUGAAAUCCUUGGAGAAGAUGCGGGCGAAUUCUACCAACGUGUCCAAGCGGGGUGCCGAGGGCUACUUGGACUUCUAUGAGACCUUCGGUUCACACUUCGUAUCCAGCGUCGACACCGGUGACACCAUCUUCCAAGUCUUUGCCUUUGCCUCGACCGAUUACCAGAAUAUUGUCAGGGUUUACGAGAAAAGUCCAAAUGAUCUGAGUGGUCCCAAGUCUACCUCCUUUGCUUUGUUCACCACGCCUCGUUCUGGAAGUGGGUAUGGUUACACCGCAGCCAUCGGCAAAAUCUGCAUAACCAGCCAAGAUCCAGAGAUGGUGAACUCUCUAAAACAUGGUCUUUGGAAGGAUGAGAAGUAUGCAUGUACCAACAGCAUCUUUGCUCCGUUUCUCCGCUCUGAUGCCAUCAAUGCCAACACAACCUUCAAGAAGGUCGUCGUGAUAUCCAUCGAGCUAGCAUCCCUUGACGUCUUUGCCGAGUACUUCCGAAUGCUGAUCUGGCGGCGAGUCUUCAAAGCAGCCAUGUACGCCAAGUACCUUACCGGUGUAGGUGUGGCUCCUUAUUUCACCAACAACUGUCCUUACGACUUGGAUUCCAUGUUCCAGGACUCAGACCCUAUCGUUGGAGAUGGUCUGCUGUCAACACUCGCCACAUCCUCCGUCAACAUCUGGCAGGAGAAGCUCAACCUGGGUGAUAUUGCUCUCCAAUUUCCAGAGUUGGUGAAGGUUUUCAGCGUGUUUGCAAAUGCGAUCCAGAUACCAGCAACUUCCUCUAAUGAGAAGACGGUCAUCCAUGUUCCCGGUUCAAGUACGGUUUCCCUUCUUGGACACGUUAUCACAUCUGGAGGGACUGGCCCUAGACCUCCAAAUCUACGCCUCAGUGAUCCUGCUUUAAAAGAGAUCAAAAGUCGCCUCUUUUUUGGUGAGUUUUACGGCGGGUUACAAAUCAGUAGCUCUAGUGAUACUAAAGGUUUUCUGAUCAUGAAUGGCUUAAUAUUCAAAGAAGUCAAAGGUCAAGUCUCAGUUGUGCGUGAUGUGCGUGAGACUCUCAAUGUGGCAAUUCUCACCGAGCGCUUGACUGAUAUUCAAUUUGCUCUAGUAGCUGCAGAAGCUCGCCUUAACUUCCUGCUCUCAAACGCCGUGCCUCAGGGUCAAAGCCUGAAGCUUUUGAAGCGGUUCUUGUUGUGGCUUGCUGGAGUAGCAGGUAGCAAUUACCAGUAUCAAGAUGACCAGCUGGCUACACUGCAGGCAAGAGCAAUGUAUCUUGUGUCUGUGGUAGCCGCUGACCAAGGGGCUGGCGUUCCCGUGCCGUACUUACGAUACGAAGCCUACAAAGACGUUGUCGAAAAUGUCCAGCAUGUUUUGAGAACUGCCUCCAGUCAGUUGAUGGAUUACCAGAAGCAGAUCAGAGCAAGAAAAGCUGAAGAGCGUCAGGUGCAGAGAGACACAGCCCUAAACAAAAACAUUGUUAACUCGGGCAAGAUUCUUCAAAACUACAUCGGUGCUCAGGCGAGCUAUCAACAAAGCCUGGAAGACAUGUUCUCCAGCGUAUAUCAGGAAAAGAUGGAUGAGCUGGAGAAGGCUAAUAAAAGAGCAGACCAACUGAGUGCCAGACUAUCCGAGCAGCGAGUAGUUGUCAACGACGCGAUCGAGGAAUACAAGGAAGCUGUUGGUAGGUGGAUAACGGAACAGAACAUCAAGGCAGCCAUUGACAUCGCCUCAAGUCUCUUCUCUCUUGGCUUCACUUUCGCAGCACCUGCUUCCUCCAUCGGAGCUCUUAGUGAUCUCGGUUUGACGGUCCAAAGAAUUCAGAAGGCUGUAGAAGUAUUUGAUGCUGUUAUUAUGACGUAUAGAACCAUUAAGGCCAUACCAUCUAAUCCUAAAAAGGUUGUUGACUCCCUCCAGGAUAUUGGUCUCAGUGGACUAGAGUUGCCGUCUUCGCUUGAAUGGGAUGAGAUGAAAGUCAACUUCGAGGCCACCCUAGCUUCCGGUCCAGCCAUUGAAGCAAAAAACACUCUCUCGGCAGUUUUUGCCGUCAUGGUCCUACGCGGUAAAGAUCUUCUUCAAACGCAGAGCACCAUCCAAGGAAUUGUUGCCGAUCUAUCUGCUAAUCAGCAACGUAUCAGUCUUCACAAAUGCCAGAAAAAACGACUUGAUGAGCUGAAAGUGAACCUGAAUGCAAAGCCAGAGAAUUUGGAUGUUGAAAAGGUAGAUCUGAUUGGUCUGUCUGGCAAGCUGAAUUUCUUUCAGCGCCAGAUGCUGAUGACGUUGGCUUCCACUAUGGUCAUUCAGGACAGAGCUUUACAGUACGAGUACCUACGACCACCCACUCGUAUUGAGUCUUUCACGAUGCUGAAUCUCCAGCUUGCAAUCCUAAAUCAAUCACAGAAUAUUAAUUAUGGCCUAACAGUUCAGCCUCAACCAAAAUUCCAGAACUAUCCAAUCAUCUAUGAAAUUCACGGCGUGACACCAGAUAGUAUCACAAACAACCAGCGCUACACUUUCAACAUCAGCCUUAACAAACGUGAGUUUUCUUCGUACAACUACGUCCGCAUAGAGGGUAUCCACGUCGAGAUUGGCGGCAUAACGUUCACUAAUAGUGGCAAGUAUUACACGGAGCUCGUCUUUGAUGGAAAUCCGUUCUUUGACCGUGGUUUUGAUGGCGAACCCUUGGAGUUCCAGACGACAUCACGUAUCUUCACCGGUCUUCAUGACGUAAGCACCAGCAGUCAUGUGGUAUAUGAUCACGGAAAUGUUCAGAACCCAGACGUUGUACUGGCAACAACUGGGCAAGAUCAUUUCGGUGCUAAAACUUCCAGUAUCACUCCGUUCUCAAGCUGGCAGGUUUCACUGCCCAAGACUCAGAGCAACGAAGGUAUCGAGUUUGACGAUUACUCUCGAGGUGUAACCGUCCGUCUCAUCUUCCGCAUCUAUGCCCAGUUGAAGGAAUCUACCAUGACUCCCUCAGAGAUGAACUCUGCAGCUCGGCGCCUUCUUACUCGCCAAGAUUACGUCAAGCCCAUUGAGUCGGUUUUACCGAUGGCUCUCGCAGGUAAACUACCUACGGCACGUCCCUCGACAUCUGAUGGGGCUACAACCACAACAUCCGUGUCUCGUGAUGACGUCCUCCGUGCCAUGAAGGGAACAUCUGUCUGUGCAGGUUGGGAUGUUGUGUUCUCUAUGACAGCUAAACGGGUGAAUGACCAGUUAUACGGGCAAUAUGCCAAUCGCAAAGACAACCCAGUCUUUAUCAGAGAAACCGGCAACAUUGAGAAAGAAUACAAGACAUCGGAGGGCAAAACACUUAAGACGGUGUUCAAUUUCACCUUCAAUGCUCCCCGUCUCCAGUUUCUGCUGAAUAACUCCAACUCUGCUCAGGUUUUUAUGCCAAUCAUAUCUGGGACCUAUGAGUACUCUGUCUUAGUCAACGACACCUGGAUUGAACUGGAGAAGGCUGAGGUGAAGAAAACUGAUGGGGCUUUCAUCCAAGGAGAUGUUCCUCUGUCGAUCGUUCCAGGAUCAGUCUCGACACAGCACAAUGUGGCCAUCAAGCUCAAUGGUGGAUCUUUUUCGGCCCGGAAUUUCAAAGCUGGCAACACCAAUCCAACUUUUGGAUUUGCUCUGACCAACUACUUCACCAGCCUGAAGGACGGCUACGAAGUCUACAACCUCGGCACUCUUGAUCUUAAAGGAAUUACGAUCCUGGAUUCUCUUAACCCCAAUGACUUCCAGUUCAAUGUCUACCAUACUCCUAGCAACCGGGAUCUCCUUCAGCUUUUCAUAGCCACUACUGGCAGACUACAGUCAGCAACUUCGCUGUAUAUCCAAGAGCCCAUUCCAUCAACGUAUGAUAGCUCCUUGAUCAUCAACUCUAAGAUCUUCUUCCAGGAUGUGAUGCCAACUGCUCUUGGCGAUGGUGGUAUUGGCCUCGCCUUAGAAGCUAUCGAGCCACCAGACGAUGCUAAUACUAACACUGCCUGGUCCGCUAAAGCAACAAGCGGUUCAGUGUCAGCGCCUUUUCCUGUGACCAAGGUUGAUUCCGACGCCACAAGCAAUAAAGGUUCGACCACACACUUCGAAUACUUCGUCAAAGUCGGCAACGACACGGCAGUUGUCGAUCUCACCGGAAUGCAGUUCCUCCCAGGAGACGAGACGUCAGGUUGGGUAGCCAAAGUGGUCUACUCUCCAGGCUGCAGGAAAUACUCCUUCAAAUAUGGGUCCAGAUGGAAAAUUUGUACUUUGUUUGGGUGUGACGAAUGGAGCAAAAUCGACUACAGUAACCAUUCUCUUGGUGUGACGAUUGAUAUGGAAACCACUUUACCACUGAGUGUUACAGGUGACGGUCAGAACCAAUCCAUAGGAUUCGCUGCCACUGAGUCCAGUGUUAGCUUGACAGGUAACCUCAAACCACCCGGCGGAGUCUGUAAGUGUAAUGACCGAGACUUGCAGAAGAAGUUCCUCGACAACCUGAAGAAGAUUCUGCCUAAAGAACUGGUGGGUGUCUUCAACAAGUCCUUUGACGCUGUGUCUCUCUUUGCCCUGAAGAAUCUGCUGUUCCCGGCAAAGAAUUUGAUCACACUGGAGGAAGGGGCGGUGCCCGGUGACUUGAUUGUCUUCGGGAAUUUCACUCCGGUUUAGAGGCAGAAAGCAAUCUUAUUCAUGUGCAAUUUCUUACCAGGUUGAAGCUGGUGCCUGUACGUACGUACGUACAUCAGUGAGUUCACUUUUCCCAACAGUUUAAACUUGCAAAACCAUCAAUCAAGUUUUAGGUAUACCGACGCCUCCCGUUUUAGGAUGUAAUUAUUUUAGGAAGGGGAAAUCCUACAAAAACUAAAAAAACACUUUAGAUCUUCUUGAUAUUUUCAUGUUUUUAAGUACUGCUUGUUCGAUUUAUUUUGGGAUUUGAUAAGUAAAGCACUUGGCAGGAUUUUGAAUGUGGCGUUCGGUUUGAUUAUGAUCUUAAAAAUAGGUAGUGUUUAUUUGUGAGCACUUUAUCUGUCACAAGUUUCGAUUUGUUUUCUUUGUAGAAGUAUUGCUUGACAUUUCAUGGUGAUAUGACAAAGCAUCAAAUGUGACACCAAAUGUGAUGCGAGCGAGCUAAAUGAAUCAUUUGUAGACCCUGGUCAUUUAUUUUUACAAUUUGAAAAGAGCACAAUCUCAGCAUUACUGCUGUGAAAACCGCAUGCUGAUACCAUCUUAAGUUUA